ACCCAAACACAUCCUCCUCCUCGUCUUCCCGAUCGAAGCGAACCUCUCGGCGAAGAAGAAGAGAGAGAUCGCUGAAACCCUAGGAGCCGGAGCAAGCUCAGGACGACGACGAGGGGAUGGAGGACGCCACCGCCCGCCGCGAACGCCUCCGCGCCCUCCGCGCAGCCAAGGAGCUCCUCUCCACCCCCGACUCCGCCACCGCCUCCGCGACAGCUCCCUCCGCCGAGCAGCAGAAUGGUAAACAUGCGACCACAGAAGAACAGGUAAACCAACCAGCAUUACCAGAUCCUGUGGACGCACCUGAGGAUGCUUCAAAGGAGAAUGUGAGCCCAACUAAGGAAUCUGAUGAGCUUGAAGAUAAUGGCGAGAUACCACUGAAGUUCAGAAACUAUCUUCCUCAUGAUGAACGACUUCGAGGUGGUAAGGUGGCACCGUUGUCUCUUCCCAAGUUUGAAGAUCCAAUUGCAGCUGAUGCUGCUGAGCCAAAGCAACUUGAGAACCCUUUUGGGAACAUCGCUCCAAAGAACCCAAACUGGGACCUGAAACGGGAUGUGCAGAAGAGGGUGGACAAGCUGGAGAAGCGCAUGCAGAAAGCUCUGGCAGAGAUUGCAUGUGAGUUACUGGUAGAUGAUGUGGAGCAGCAAAAGGAGAAAGAGGCCCUGGAGGAGGGAAGCGACGCAGCUUAAGCGAUACUGGUUGUGGUCCAAACAUUUUUGUAGCACAGCUGAAGUCAAACCUUGAUAUGUGUGUAAUGCAUGGUGUGGCCGAGGACUGAACGUGGGAUAUUGUAGGAAAAGUGUGGAAGCUUUUCAUUUAGUAUCCAGAAUUUUGAGUUCUAUUGAUGGUUAGUGAUCGAAUUAACCAUGUCUCAUGAAUUUGAGAAGCUAGCUCGCCAUGGACUUGCCAUGCUUA